AUGUCAGUCAAGAGGCUUGCAAAUAGCCUCGAGACUUCAUCGCGAGAUCCUCGGUUGUACAGAGUCAUAGAACUCGGUAACAAAGUGCAGGCUACUCUCAUUCACGAUCCGAAAACCGACCAGGCAAGCGUGACCAUGAACGUUAAUGUGGGAAGUAUGAGAGAUGACAAUGAUAUGCCUGGCCUUGCGCAUGCACACCCAAAUGUAAAUGCUUUCCGGGAACACAUCGCUAUCCAUUCCGGGAAAUUCUCUGCAUAUACUUCGGAUAUUUCAACGGUUUACUCCUUCCGAGUGAUGGAGACGAAAAGGAAUGAGCCGGAUUGCAAUCAAUCUGAGGGGGAGAAGAACGACAAAGAAAAAUUUCCCGGCAAAAAGCUGGACGCUGAGCAGUUACACACCGUCACGCUCUCUAGUACUACGCAACUGGAAACUCUCAAAACGCAACCGGAGGCGAAAGGAGUGAAUAUCCGGGACAGGUUUAUGGAGUUCCACGAUAAACAUUAUUUAGCAAAUCGAUCGCAAUUUGUUGUCUUCGCUAACGAACUACUUGAUACUUUAGAGGCUUGGGUUUCAAAUCUAUUCUUUCGAUUCAAGAACAAAAAUCUACCCCAGAAUCGAUGGGAGACAGAGGUUUUGUUUAGGGAGAGCGAUCUCAUGACACAGUGCUUUGCUAAGCCAGUCACGAAUUCCAGAUACUUUGACCUGUCAUUCCCCUUCAUAGAUGAAGAGUGCGACUACGAGUCUCAAGCAGGUCAAUACAUCAAUCAACUGAUAAGUUACGAGGGACCCGGAGGUAUUAUGGCCUGUAUUCAGUCCAUGGGAUGGGCGACGAGCAUUGGAACGUGUAUCAUCUGCCCAGGCACACCUAGGAUGUUCCACUGCAAGAUUGGCUUAACAGAGAAAGGGCUAAAAGACUACAGAGAGAUUGUUGUAGUGUUCUUCGAAUAUGUUUCUUUGCUUCGCGAGCCUCAAGAGUGGUUCUAUCAAGAACUGAAAAGGAAUACCGAGAAUAAACUCGAGUCUAAAGUGAGUGUCGCGGCAAAAUCACUCACUGAGCAGAUUAGCUUAGCCAUGGGAACCAAAUCGCCUACAAAAUGGCUUCUGGGUAUACCUAGAAUGCGACAAUUCAACGCGCCAAAGAUUUCGGAGGGAUUGACGUGCUUGACACCCAGACAACUGCGCCUUUAUUGUCUCUCAGACAUUUGGAGGUCAAAAGAGAAGUGGUACGGCACCGAUUACACCUAUGAAAAGAUCCCAGCAGAAUUCUUCUUUCAAUUGGAAGCAGCUGCAUCUUUCACAACUAAGAACAGGUUUUCGGAUCUACACUUCCCUCACAGGAACGAUGUUCUUGUCACUGAUCCAGAAGUUAAGAAAGAGGAUAUGGGUCCCCCAGCAAUCGCACCAAGGUUGAUUCGAAAAGAUGGUUCGAUAAGAAUAUGGCACAAGAAAGACGAUCAUUGGCGUCCCUUCAAGAUGACCGCCCUGACUUCGGCAAAGGCUAGGCUCUUCGCUAAAGUAUUCCUUGAUUCUGUGAACCGAUGCUCACACAAUUUUGAAAUCCAAGGCUUCAAGUAUUCGGUAUUGGGUCACUCCGAGGGGCUUGAAAUUCAUGUUGCCGGUUAUAACAGCAAACUCCACGUGCUCCUAGAAGAACUUCUACUGAAGAUGAAGAAUUUGGAGGCCAAAGAAGACCGUUUCGAGAAGCAGGUCAGCACUAUCAUGCAAUGGCUUAACACCAAAAAUCAUUACAUUGAAGAGCAAAUUCUUCCUGAGCUACCACGAGUAACGAUUACCGAUGUUCAUCCACAAUUACCACCACCUGCCACAUCAGCACCGGUGUAUCCAUCGCUAGUCCUCCCUCAGGGUAGCAACUUUGUCUACAAUAGAAGCUUGAAAGACCCACAGAAUACCAACCAUUGCAUUCAGUGGUACCUGGAUGCGGGUGACGGGACACAACGUUCAUUGCGCGCCAAGCGUUUAGGAUAUAUUACCUGGUCAAAGUGUUGUUCUUUGGGGGAUUCUAUUGGCUUCAAAUGCACGAUUCAAAGUAAGCAGAGACCACAAUACCUGGAGUCGAGAAUUGACAUGUUCCUGACUGGGUUCAUGAAAAUACUCAAGGAGAUGCACCCCAUGAAAUUCGAACAAUACAAGGCAGCCUCGUGCAACAGAUUAACGCAUAAGUUUGGAGACCUCGAUUUCGAGCUUUCCAAGGAAGACGCAGCCGCGGUCAAUUUGCUCACUCAGCCUGAUAUGAUUGAAUUCUUCGAGCGUUGUAUUGAUCCAGCAUCGCCAGAAAGAGCAAAGAUCGUAAUUCACAUGAAUCCGCAAAACUCAACUACAGAUGGUCCAAUGACGGUUUCAGGAAGACUAGACGGCGAAGAGGAGAACAUGGCUAUUCACGUUGGGCAUCAAGGCAAUGGAACACUUCUAAAGGUUAUUCCUGAUGUUGCAGACUUCCAAUCGAGAAUGCCCUUUAGUUGCGGGUUUCAGCCAGUAAAGGAUUUCAAGCAGUUCGAAAGAAUUUGA